CCUCAGAACUCGUGAAUGUGAGUUGAGACAAGCAGAAAAAUGAGUGCAAUCGCGGCAGGACUCAAUCCUAUCCAGAGCACGGCUGGAGCAAUUCCCGUGCGCAAUGAGAAAGGUGAAAUCUCCAUGCAGAAGGUGAAGGUGCAGCGCUACAUCUCGGGAAAGCGCCCUGAGUACGCGUACGAGAGCUCAGGAGAGGAGAGCGAUGAGGGAGACUUCAUGGACAAUCGCAGAUCCGUCCCAGAAGCACGUCCAAUCGAUGCCUUCGAGUCGUCCGGGAGUGCCAUAAAGUACACCUCCACGGAGAUCAAUGAUCCACGCCUCAGGCGGGUCCAUGCGGCUGCCAGCGAGCCGAAAGAGCGCCGACGGCACUACUCAGAGUCUGAGGAGUCCGAGGAAGAGGCGGUGCAAGAGGAGCAGGACCCUCGCAGCCAAGUCAUGUCCGGGAGCUCGGAUAGUGAGUCAGACGCCGAGCUGAGUGACACAGAGAUCGAGCGGAGGCGUCAGACGCUGCGCAAGAGGAUGCUGCAGCAGCAGAAGGAGGAGGAAAUCCUGCAGUUCGAGGAGGAGAAGGCGGAAUCCUCGGGAUCCGAGAGCUACGAGAGUGAGACGGAGAGUGAGGAUAUGGAGGACAAUGAGCCCCGCCUGAAGCCACUGUUUGUGCGGAAGCGCGACAGGACGACGAUCAUUGAGCGCGAGAAGGAGGCGAAUCAGGAGCGCCAGGCUGAGUACGAGGCGAAGAAGAACCAGAAGCAGCGUCGCCGCCAGACGCUGAAGCUCGUGGAGGAGAGCAUCAAGAGCGACCUGGCGAAGCCCAAGAGUGACAAGCAGGAGCCCAGCCUGGAGGACGUGUGCACGGACGAUGAGAACGACGAGAUUGAGUACGAGGCGUGGAAGCUGCGCGAGAUCAAGCGCAUCAAGCGCGAUCGCGAGGAGCGCGAGCAGAUCGAGAGGGAGCGCCUGGAGAUUGAGCGCAUGCGCGGCAUGACGGAGGAGGAGCGCAAGCAAGAGCUGCGUCAGAAUCCGCGCCAGGUGACCAACAAGACCAGUAAGGGCAAAUACAAGUUCCUGCAGAAGUACUACCACCGCGGCGCCUUCUACCUGGACCAGGAGGAGGACGUGCUGAAGCGCGACUUCAGCAACGCCACGCUCGAGGACCACUUCGACAAGACCAUCCUGCCCAAGGUGAUGCAGGUGAAGAACUUCGGCCGCUGCGGCCGCACCAAGUACACGCAUCUCGUGGACCAGGACACCACGCAGUUCGACUCGCCCUGGUACAGCGACUCCACCACCAACGUCAAGUUCCACACGGAGCGCGCAGCGGCCAGCCGGCAGGUGUUCGAGAAGCCCAGCCUCAGCAAGAGGAAGAAGUUCGACUAGGCGCACGAGUCAGAAUGCUGCUUUUCCGCCCUCGACUCCGUUACCGCUUGAGGAUGCUGAUGAAAGUGUCCCGAGGAAUGGAGAUGUUCGCGAUGGAACGCAUCUUCUUCUUGCCCUCGGCCUGCUGCUUU